AUGGGGCCCCCUACUGACCCCGGGCCCUCGGGCAGUGCCUGAUUUUCCAAAUGGUCAGUCCGCCCCUGCGCGGAAGUGAUCACUGUGUAGACCCAGCAGUGCCACCUGUCAGUGUCCAUCAGUGCCAGCUCUCAGUGCUCAUCCAUGCCACCUGCCAGUGCCCAUCAGUGCCAGAUUACAGUGCCCAUCAGUGCCGCAUCACUGGCACAUAUCAGUGCCCAUCUGAGCUACAUUUCAGUGUCUCCCAUCAGUGCCAGUCAGUGCCACCUAUCAAUGCCAGUUAGUGCCACCUAUCAGUGCUGCCAAUCAGUGUCACCUAUCAGUGCCAGUCAGUGCCGCCUAUCAGUGCCCAUCAGUGCCGCCUAUCAGUGCUGCCUAACACUGUCAGUCAGUGUCACCUAUCAGUGCCAGUCAGUGCCAUCUAUCAGUGCCAUAUAUCAGUGCUGCCUUUCAGUGCCCAUCAGUGAUACCUGUCAAUGCCCAUCAGUGCCACCUACCAGUGCCUCCUAUCAGUGUCCAUCAGUGCAGCCUAUCAGUGCCCAUCAGUGCAGCCUCAUUAGCGCACAUCAGUGAAGAAGAAAAAUCACUUAUUUACAAAAUUUUAUAACAAAAACUAAGAAAAAACUUUUUUUUUCUUCAAAAUUUUCAGUGGUUUUUGGUUUGUUUAAGAAAAAA